CAAGUCCUCAAUUGAGAACUGCAGAAAAUAUCAAACUAUGCACAAGAUAGCUAGAUCGAUUUCUUGCAAUAGGCAGGCCACGCGAGCACUGGCUGGAAACAAGAUGUACCCAACGCCUCCCCAGCACUACCAUGGUGGCUACAGCAGUGGGAUGAACCACAUGGUUAACCAGUUCAGUGAGAUGAACAUGUCUACUCGCAGUGGUGGCCGAGGACGUGGCCCUAGUGUUCCCAGGUAUCCUGGAGUUCGCAUGUACCGGGACGAUUACAGGAGAGAUCGUCCAGACGACCGCAGAUCUAACCGUUACAAUAAUGACGAUGAGGGUGGUGAUAAUUACGGAGGCAACAGUUACGGCGGUGGAAAUGAUUAUUAUAACAGCGGACCCAGAGGUGGAUACAACGGAGGUGGUGGUGGAGGUGGAGGAGGUAGAGGAAGAGGAGGUAUGUACCAGAACAUGCCCCAACAUGGCGGGGGACGAGGGGGUUACUACCCACGCAACAAGUUCCAACCACCAAAUAUGGGGGGAGCUGGCGGCGAAUUCUCUCCCUACCAAGGAAAUAUGAGACGUGGUAAUAGUCGAGGUGACUUCCAAGGAGGUAACGAUUGGAGGGGCGGGUUCGGCGAGCAAGUUGAGCGAGACGAUUUUUACCCUGACAGAGUAUCUACCCACAUUCUCAACAGCAGUGAGAGAUACCAGAAGGAUUGGAGUAUCAUGGCUCCCAGAGACGUCGCCAUGGAGAACAAACUAUUCAAGAAACAAUUCGUACAAGUAGAGAUUAACUUUGAUAACUGGAAGAACAUCCCGGUUGAAACCUCUGGAACUAACCUACCUGAACCAAUCAGCACAUUCAAGGAUAUUGGACUAGGAGAGAUCCUGGAGAACAAUAUUAAGUUAGCUGGAAUUCUACAACCUACCCCUGUUCAGAUGUACUCUACUAGCAUCGUUAAGAACGGCCGAGAUCUCAUGGCUUGUGCCCAAACAGGUUCCGGCAAGACAGCGGCGUUCCUGAUUCCCAUCCUGUCCAACCUGUUCGAGAACGGACCACCCCAGGAACUGAAGGACGGAACCAGCAUGGCACACAGAGUGUCUCCUCUUGUUCUCAUCCUCGCUCCCACCAGGGAACUUGCUAGUCAGAUAUUCGAGAUGACGCAACACCUUUGCUACAGGUCCUGUGUGAGACCGUAUGUAGUGUACGGAGGAUCCAACAUAGACAAGUGCAUAGACCAGCUUUCUCUUGGAGUUGAGAUUCUUGUAGCUACACCAGGGCGACUCAUCGACCUGUUGAACAGAGGAGAAGUUAACUUAUCUAUGGUGAAAUUCCUAGUACUCGAUGAAGCUGACAGGAUGUUGGACAUGGGAUUCGAGAAGGAUAUCAGAACUAUAGUAACUGAUUACAAAAUGGGUAUCGCUGGCAAGCGACAAACUCUCAUGUUCAGUGCUACAUUCCCCAAACCUAUUCAGCUGCUAGCUAAGGAGUUUAUGGACGACUACAUCUUCUUGACUGUAGGAAGGAUAGGAUCUACCAAUGAUAUCAUCACACAGAAACUUAACUAUGUGAGACGAAAUGACAAGAUUCCUGAAUUGCUUCGUGUACUUACAGAAGAAACCAAAGACCGAAUUCUCGUGUUCGUACGUACAAAGCACGAUACCGAGAAGAUUCAGGGAGUUCUUAAGGACGAAGGACACAGUGUUAUCAGUAUUCACGGUAACAAAUCCCAGAGAAUGCGUGAAAACGCCUUGAACCAGUUCAGGAACGGUGAUAAGAACGUUUUGGUGGCAACCGAGGUUGCAGCUCGAGGUCUCGAUAUCCCCAACAUCAGUCACGUGGUCAACUUUGACAUGCCUGAUACCAUCGAGAACUAUGUGCAUAGGAUCGGUCGUACAGGAAGGAUGGGUAACCCAGGACGUGCCACCUCGUUCUUCUGCGAGAGUGACUGGCACAUUGCCCCCGAACUAGCUGAGCUGCUGAAAGAGAGCAGCCAGGAAGUACCCCAGUUCCUCGCUAAGAUGAAAUACAACAACAGCACUGUAUCAGGCGGCAGCGGUGGUGGACACAAGAAAUCGUUCACUCAGGACAGGUUUGGAGGUCGGGACUACAGACGAGGCCCUCAGUUCAGUACCAAUGUCAGAUACUCUAACACAAUGAAGCCUCCCGGCGGAGGAACUAUCAGGAGUUACAGCACUAACCCUCCUAACUUCUACAACCAGAACUCUCCGCAGAUGCACCCAUUUAACCACAUGGGCUAUGCGGCACAACCCUACAUGCAGUCACCCAACUCUUACAACCCAACUGGUAACUACAACAACAGAGAUAACAAUGCUGUUGGUAACACUGGUAACCCUGGCAACAACAACCAGUCCGCUGCUGACAGACUUACUCCAGCUGGAGGAAAUGCAGCGUCCAGUGGUGGACAACAGGCACAACAUGCCGGUAACCAAGGCAACCAACCCCUCCUUCCUCCUCCUCUGAUCAACACUCAACAGGCUCAGCAACAACCCCAGAACUACCUGCCAGCUUUCAACCAGAUGGGCGGAAGUGGAAAUGAAGGUAUUGCUGUGGACGGUCUGAACUCCAGUCCUGUUCCAAACCCUUCAACUCCUGCUCCAGCUCCAUUCCCGCUUUAUGCUAGUUCUAACGCUGCUGCCCUCUACAACUCCCAGUUCAACACCCCAGCCUCCUUCUCUCCUAGAAACUUCCAGGCUAAUGCGGCCCAGUUUGGAGUUGGACAACAGGAGCUAUCUGAUAAUCUAGCCAACCCUCAAGCUGGUAACAUACCCUAAACACCCGACCAUUGGACUGACAAACCAGGUCUAGUCCGACCCUUUAUAAUGCAGGGUGUGACUAACCUACCGGCUGGCCUGACAAACAUUCCUGGAAUGGCAACAUCCUGGGCAGCAUGGACACAGGACACAGCGCAGUAAACGUAUCCUAGUAACCACUACUGUCUCCUAGUAACCACCUACUGUCUCCUAGUUACGACAACUGUCUCCUAGUAACCACCUACUGUCUCCUAGUUACGACAACUGUCUCCUAGUAACCACCUACUGUCUCCUAAUUACGACAACUGUCUCCUAGUAACCACCUACUGUCUCCUAAUUACUGCUAAAUGUCCUCCAUCGUCAGGAAAUCUGGGAAAUGACUCCGUUGCCAGGAUAAAAUAUCUUAUUCUUGAAACUUUGCGGUUUUUGUUGGCUCGUUUUACUCUAUAUAUUUUCUACAAGACUUAACGAACUAUUGAAUAUUCUUCAUCUAACAUAACUACAUGUAUUUUGAUGUUCCUUUAAUGAAAAAAGGAACAUAUUUAAAGUUUAAUAAAAUGUUUUUUGCAAAUGAUUCCUGUGACUGAAACAAGGUUAAAUUACCUUCACCUUAUGAACGCUAUAUGAACACAAGCUUUCUUAUGAACAGUUUAUUAACAAUUUAGAGCUUGAUGUUUGAAGUUUUACAGCGCGAAGGGAGAGUGUGUUGUGUUGUUUUGCGUGUUUACACUAGAGUUUCUGCCUUUUUAUACAUGUUGUUAUCAUGUAGCUGCAGCGCAGCUCAAAGCGAUCGUUUGACAUGUCAGGCACUUUCACGCAGAUAACAUUGUAGUAGUUAUAGGCGGGAACUCUAAAAGUAAUGAACUUGUUGUGUCAAAUUGCACGUUCCGGCCUGUGUUAGUUAAUUAUUGGUUAGUAACCGCUUAGCCCUGGUGCGUUCACCACGUAUAGUAAUAAUAUAUUCUACUUACACCUUAUUUAAACUAUGUAUAUUUUAUAAGUAACAAUUUGAAUUAUUUCUCAAUUCAACGAAAUACGCUUCAUCAACUUACAUAGUGCAUGUUUUGAUUUUGUAUUUUACAAGCGUAAGGACGAGACUAUUCAGUAAAAAUAGCGGGAACUGUAAGCGUGAGUUGUUUUUAUUUGUUUGUUUGUCUAAGGAAUAGUACCAAAGGAAUGGUAUCUAACCAGAGUUGAUUAAUGAAAGAGCACUACGUUAACGACACAUAUUUAAAGAAUUUUCUAUAUCACCAUAGUAACGGUACAUGUACUAUGGUAACUAUAUAACGAUGUAUCUAACAACUCGUGUAUCGUUACUGUAACAACCAAACCAUAUCUAUUAAAGUGUGAUAUGUUGCUAAAACAACCAAACCAUAUCUUUUAAAGUGAGAUAUGUUGCUAUAACAACCAAACCAUAUCUUUUAAAGUGAGAUAUGUUGCCAUAGCAACCAAACCAUGUCUUUUGAAGUGAGAUAUGUUGCCGUAGCAACCAAGCCAUAUCUUUUAAAAGUGAGAUAUGAUGUGCACGUGAGAGCAUUAAAGCACGUGACUUUAUAUUUGAGAUGGAAGCCUCGUAACGCGUGACAUUUGUACCGCUCAAAGCUUUUAACGGAAUGUGACGUUCUACUGUUAAACAUAACUCUGUACAUAUUAUUAUUUUUGUAGCGGCCUGCUUUUACAGUUAUUUAUUGAGAAGAUCGUUUCCAUGGAAACUAAUUGGUAAUAUUUGGUCGAUUAUUUGUUCAACUGUUUAUAUGAGUCCAGUAAAGGCGUUAAAUCUUAUACCUUAUCGCUCACAGAAACCCUCGCGGACUAUUUUAAUUGUUAUCUAGUCAGUCUAUAGAAUUAUUUGAAUUGUUUAACUGCAAAAUGAAGGAGUUUUGUAAUUCGCCGUGUGAACGUCUAAUUGCAUGUCACCGUGGCAAAGACAGUUUGUUAUCAUGGCAAUAGUGUCUCUAUAGCGUUAGUUUUGUAUAUGAUCAGUUGAAUGAUAAUCAAUGUUGGGUUAAAGUAGAUAACAUUUCAGUCAGCAGGCCAUGUUCCUUUGAAAAGUCCCGUGCCAAAACAGCUUAAACAUUUACUAAGUUCCAACUUAGUCAUUUCCAGUGAGUAACAUUAUCUAACUAGAAUGUUACGAUGAACAUCUUUAUGAAAUGCUUCUAAUGCUUCUGAGAAAUAAUGAACAGUAUUUAUUAACUUAUCAGAAUGAAAUACCAGACGAUUUUCAAGGCCAAAUUUUGUUAUUAUUAAUGACCCCUGCUGACUAAAUGUAGUAAUAAAACGAAGAUUUUACUCUUAAAUUAUGAGAAGAAUAGCCGGAGUGCUCCUUCAUAAAUUAUGAUCAUGUUUUGUACGGUUAUGUUAUAUGUUUGCCUGUUAUCUGGCUAUGUAACUUUAUGCUAUAUUUUAUCAGCCGAUUAAGCAUCCUCCGACGGGCCCAGGACUCUGCUUCCCAGUAGUCCUCUAGUAAUAAUUAGUUAAUUAAUUAGUUAACUUGGACUGCUGGUUUGUUGGAAUGUUUGUGGUUUCUGGAGGGGGUGCGGCGUAUUGUGCAUAUUGUAUAUGGUUGUAUAGCUCAAUGGGUAAAUAUGUACCUGCCUAGUGAAAUGUGAGUAGGAAUUACUCCCACCCGGCUCUCUGCUUACACCGCUUUGCUUAUCUUUUCUUAUCACAUCAGCUCCAAUGCAACAAGACCUACGUUUCUAAUACACGCUAGUUUUACACCAAAUAUAUCUUUUAAGGAUGUUUCUUUAUUUACUUCGAGGGAUUUUUGGACAAACAUUUUUCAUGCUGCAAGCGGAGAGUUGGGAAAAAGGAGUAAUAUUUCUAGAAAUUUCUCACCUGAAGAGUAGAAACUAAUGUUUAUUAUUUUGGAGACAGUUGAAUUGAUUAAAUGAAAAGCUUUGCCGACCUGUAGUGAUGUUCCCUUCUACACCACAACAACCCCUUUUUACCAUGACAAUGUCUUGUUACUACCACCCUGUUACCAUGACAAUACCCUAUCCUUUAGUUGCACCCCCUUAUCAUAACAGAGCCCCCCCCCCCCCCCCCCCCCCCCCCCCCCCGUUACCGUAACAACACAACUGUUACACUGACGACCCACCCUAUUACCACAUCAAACAUCGCUACAGAGUCCUCUGAGAGGUUAAAUGGUCUCAAAUAUUGUCGAGUUAAAUAAAACAGCCGAUACUGACUCAGAUACGAGUCACAGGGUAACUACCGUUAUCAUGUAGAUACCAACCUGCUGCCAGUUACUCGAGGUAACUUUGUGAAUGAUGGUUGCUUUUGUAAAAUUGAGGUACGUGUGCUCCGAUCCAGAAUUGGUAACUAGUCGUUACCACAGUACUUCAUGUUAAAACGAGAGUUGUUAAGAGGUUUUCGAUUUGAAGAGUUUAUAAAACGCGUUAUCGCUUUUAAAACAGUUCACACAGAUAAAUAUAUUGUUGGCGUCGUUCUGUGUCCUGAUUGGUUGAUUUCACUGCCAGGAACGGCAGACUAAGAUUGAUUCAUCUUGUAUUGCAGUGUUUUGUCAUAAUGAGGAUAGUUUGAAUUGUUAA